GCUUGCUUAGCAAAUGGGCAAGGCCCACCAUAUGUAUAUGCCUUUGUUCCCUCAUUAGUGUGGGGGCCACCCAGCAUUCUCCACCUACCAGUUCCUAAGUUUGCCUGCUUUCUGACAUCAAAGUAUCCCUUUCUCCCUCUGCCAACCAGGACUAAGAGUGCAAAUCAGACUUCCCAGAACUGUAGCUCUGAUGUCUCUGCACUUAGAAGUCUUCCAGGCUGCUCACGCUCACCUAAGUGAAAGUUCAUACCUGGGAGUCUGGAAAUUUACCACCAUUUGUAGUGUGCUUUUGUUGGAAAAUUUUAUUCGUAAAUCUGAAAAGCCCAAGUUAACAAAUCUUUGUUGUAUAAAAUCAUAUUCUGGAAGUAUAAUUUACAUACAAUAAAAUAUGCUCAUUUUAGUGUACAGUUUGGGAAAUUUAUAGUCAUUUAACCUGAAAUCAGGUUAGAGCACUUCCCCUCAAGCCCUGUUGCAGCCACUGUCCCAACCCCCACCCCCAAACUCAGCCCAAGCAGUCACUGAUCUGCUUCUGUGGUCAUAGUUUUGUCCUAUCCAGAGCUUCAUGCAAGUGCAAUGGUACAGGAUGUACGAACUUUUAUUUUUCAAACACACUCUCCCUUGCAAGGUGAAAAUUGCCUACAUAUUUACAUUAACACCAGUUGUGGAGUGUGCACAUAUGUGAUACGUUAUUUAGGACUAAAAUCCAGACAUGUCCCAGGUGAGAUAAACCUGACUUGGCUGAGAUGGUUUUGAAGCCAGGAGUGGGUAGUCACUUCCGUUGUGAGAGCGCUAGCCUCUCCACAUUCACUUCCUCACACAGCACAGUGGCACUCUGGUUCGUUCUAGUGGUUAUCUUGGGGAGGUUAGGUUAUUUUUUGUUUCUACUUGUUACUUCAAAACCACUUCUGCUCUGAGAAAUUUGGUAACCUUCUCCUCCAUUUCCUGUAGCCGCCAUCUUGCGUCCUGUAACAGUUUACACGCUGUGUAACUGUGAAUCCUUAAAAGCCUCAGUUCUAUGACCCCGUGGAGCCUGUGGACUUUGAAGGACUUCUGAUGACACACCUGAACAGCCUGGAUAUAGAGCUGGCCCAGGAGCUGGGAGACUUCACCGAUGACGACUUGGAUGUGGUGUUCACACCCAAGGAAUGUAGGACUUUGCAGCCUUCUUUACCAGAGGAAGGGGUUGAACUGGACCCACAUGUCAGAGACUGCGUUCAGACCUAUAUUCGGGAGUGGCUGAUUGUGAACCGGAAAAACCAAGGAAAUUCAGAGGUUUGCGGCUUUACAAAGACUGGAUCUCGAAAAGAUUUUCACAAGACGCUUCAGAAACAGACGUUUGAAUCAGAAACCUUGGAGUGCAAUGAACCCGCUGCUCAGACAGGCCCUUGCCGCUUAAACGUGCUGUGCGAUGUGUCUGGGAAAGGCUCCCUCACGGCCUGUGGCUUUGACCUCCGCAGUCUGCAGCCUGACCAGCGGCUGGAAAACCUGCUGCAACUCGUGAGCGCCGAGGACUUCGAGAAGCAGAACGAAGAGGCCCGCAGGACUAAUCGGCAGGCAGAGCUCUUUGCCCUGUACCCAUCGGUGGACGAGGAGGAUGCCGUGGAAAUACGUCCGGUACCAGAAUGUCCAAAGGAACAUCUGGGCAACAGAAUAUUGGUGAAGGUGCUAACCCUGAAAGACUUGUUUGCUUGACAUUUCCCAACACACCUCUGCUGAAACACAAUGAUGGAUGCAACUGAAACCCAAUCUCAGUGGUAGGGGACGAUAGGGAGUAGUGGGGACUACAGGGAGUAGUGGGGACUACAACAAACUUUGCUAAGGGGCAGGGGACCCACUACUAUCUACACCAACUCUUGCCAAGUAAAUAGGCUUAUUUUUGCCAUUUUUCUGAUUUUUCUUUUUUCUGGAGAAGCUGAGAAUGCAUCUUUUUCUGUAUAAGUGUCUAACUUCUUAAAUAUUUUCUCAUUUUUUAGAAACACCACAAACACCAUACAAUUCGAACGAAAUAUGUCUGCAUUUUGGUUUCAACUUAUGGAUCAGUUAGUUUCCAUAUUUACAGUUAAAAAGUUAUCCCUAGCCACCCGGCUGACUAGAUGCAGUGACUCCAGCACAUUUACAAUGUCAUAGAUGCGUCUCCUUUCCACACCUGUUUGAAAAACAGA